CCGAGUUUAGUGGAACGCGCACGCUGGCCCUGCGGAAUGUUCUGGGCAACUGACAGCGAAUCCCUGGAAUACCGCUUCCGCCGAAGGCUGCGUUAUGUUAUCUGGGGCCACGUUCAUUCUCGAUCUUCACUGAAAACUACUCUGUGGCUGCAUUCAUCACGCUAAAAUGCAGACCCUAACACCACACGUGUAUUGGGCUCAGCGGCAUAGCGAAAUUUACCUGCGAGUGGAAUUGAGUGACGCUCAGGAUCUCGACAUUAGCAUACAGGAGAAUAUCCUUCACUUUAGAGCCCAGGGUCAUGGUGCAAAAGGAGACAAUGAGUAUGAGUUCAGCUUGGAGUUCCUGGAGCCAGUGAAGCCAGAGGUAACACAUAGGUCCACACAGCGUCAGGUGAACAUCUCGGUACAGAAGCAGGAGUGUUCCUGGUGGGACAGGUUGACAAUGCAGGAGCGCAAGCCUCUCUUCCUGGCCCCAGACUUUGACCGCUGGCUGGACGAGUCUGACGCAGAGAUGGAGCUGCGUGCUAAAGAGGAGAAAAUAAACAAGGUCACCAUUGAGUCAAGGGUUCCUCAGGAUCCAUUCCUGAACCUGAAGAAGGGCUACCUGUUUAUGUACAACCUGGUUCAGUUCCUGGGCUUCUCUUGGAUCUUUGUCAACAUGACUGUGCGCCUCUUCAUACUGCGGGAAGAUUCCUUCUACGACACGUUCCACACCAUCGCCGACAUGAUGUACUUUUGUCAGAUAUUGGCUGUGGCAGAAGUGAUUAACCCGGCCUUGGGCCUGGUCAGGACCGGGGUCUUCCCUGCUCUAAUUCAGGUGGUUGGGAGAAACGUCAUCCUCUUCGUCAUCUUUGGAAGCCUGGAGGAGAUGCAGAACAAGGCUGUGGUGUUCUUCGUCUUCUACCUGUGGAGCAUCAUUGAGAUCUUCAGGUACCCAUUCUACAUGCUGGCCUGCAUCGACACACAGUGGAAGAUGCUCACCUGGCUGAGGUACACCAUCUGGAUGCCGCUGUACCCGCUGGGAGUGUUGGCAGAGGCGGUGGCUGUGAUCCAGUCCCUGCCCAUCUUCGAUGAGACCCGUCUGUAUAGCAUCCCUCUCCCCAGAGCCCUAGGCCAGUCCCUCAGCUUCUCCUACAUCCUGCAGAUCUACCUGGUGCUCAUGUUCUUGGGCCUCUUCAUCAACUUCCGCCAUCUCUACAAGCAGAGGCGAAGACGAUUCCGCUCCAAGAAGAGGAAGGCCAACUGAGGACCCCGACGUCCUCGGAUCCCUGGGAUCGGAGGUCCCUUUUCACUGCUGGCUGCCUUUCCCUUCUCACCACAGCAAUCAUUCCCACCUCCGGCUUGCACCCUAACCCCACCCCCACUGUAGCGCAGUCACAUAUCACAGGACUUCCUCUUAAAGCAAACAAGUGCAUUCAUUUUCUUUUCUUUUUCAUUUUUCUUUUUCUUUUUUUAAAAACGUCAGCAUGAGUUGAUAAAAUAUAAUUAAAAUGGAUGGGGGGGGGGGGCAUUUGCUUGAUACUCAGAGAGGAGGCUGUAAAAUACCACAAGCUUCUCUCAUUUAAGCACAACGUGCUACUCUGUUCAAAAUGCAACUUAGUGGUGCCACCUCACCCUGUACCGUGUUCCUAUCCUGCUGUAACCUACAGCCUGUGCAACAUCGUGGGUUUUUAUCCGUCCUCUACGUUCACCCCUCCAGUCACUGCUGUACUAGCCCUCACUGUAGAAUACACGGGGCGCGUCCCAAGGCUAAAUAAAAUGAUCCUCCUUUCCUCCACUGCCACCCUACUGCAGUGCUGUAUAUUAGGGACAGUGUAAAAACAUUUUAAAGCAGUGCUUUACAUACAUUUUUACUUUCAUUUCAUCUGAAUAGAAACAAGCACAUCAAAUCUGCAAUAAAGAUUUCAGUGCUGUGAUAUUUCAGAUAUGACAGUAUUCCAUAUUGUCCUGAAAGCAAAUCUUGUGGGUCUCUGGGAUUGUACAGUGAGGAGAGCUAGGGAAAGGACAGGUGGAGAGAAGCACUAACAUAGCACAGGGUGGAAAGCCUUGUAGCAAGCAAUACCAUAAAAACCCAAUGGUAAUUAACUGAAAGUAAUAACUUUUGAGUUAUUCGGCUAGCAGUGCUCACCAGUAAUAUCCUUACUGGGGUACUGACUAAAUAUUGUUUUUGGUUGAACUUUCUUUUGUGUUUGUUUUUUGAUUUAUUGUGAUUUGUUUAGUAUUUUAAUAUUUUUUCACUGAAAAGGUGGGAAGAACAUAUAUAGUUUGAUUGGUUUGUUACUGUGUUGGUCAUUGCAUCUGCUCUGAAAGGUUACUACGUUAUCAGUUUGGCUUGAAGCCAUUACCCUCAUCUCUUCCUGUACGAUACAGAGGCUGCACUUGGAAGAUAGCAUUUCACGCAUUCCAUACAGGUAUGCCAUCAAGCCAGGGCAGUUUUUAACCAAACUACCAUGGGAGUUUUAACUGCUUUCAAGCGCGGCAGGACCAAAGUAUAGGCAAUUUUAACUGCAUUUCAGCCUCUCGUUUCCAUGUAGUGUGUGCUGACGACGUGUGCGUCGGUGCAGUUUAUUUGAGUCGUGGGAGCAGGGAACUUCGCCCAUCAAGCUGACCAGGAGGAAUCACUUCCUGUCAAACACCGAUCCCUGGACAGGUCUCUCCCUGAAUGUACCCUAGUAAUAAUGAAAGGGCGGGUUACCAGAAACCUCAGGGAAAAGCAGCCAUUUUAAACUCGAUGGAAGAAUACACUGGAACCUCGUUUUGUGUCUUUAGAUGAACAUAUGAAGGCUGACUAUUGCUGAAUGGCACAAAUUAUUUGAAAUGAAUUGUAUGAAAGGCAAAUAAAACGUUUGAUGAAGA